AUGAAGUGGGUGCUUUUGCUCGUGCUAAUGCCACUUUGCCGCUCGUUGAUGAACAUCUCAGAAGUUGGUGAAAGACAGAGGCGUUAUCUCAUCUAUCCACCCAACGGUGGAUUAGUUAAAAUUAUUCUGGGCAUUAGUGCACCCAUUGUGCUGUCUGGCAAGCGCAGCAUGGGCUGUGCAUACAACUUGCAAGGGCAGUUUCGAGUGCCGAGCGAAGUCAUGUGGCGGCCGGUUACAUUUGAGGGGCUCAGCCGGAAGGCGAGGCGAGAGCUUGAGGACAUUCAGGCGAACUCAAGGGAGGAUGAAUCGAGAAAAUUGCUGUACUUCAUGCUGGAGCGAUUCAAGAACUGGGCGGGGAAGAAUGGCCGAGAGUGUCUGCUGAGGACCAUCUGCGAGGUGACUCAAUCACCCUUGACGGAGGACAAUGGAAUUUUCGGAGAAUUGAUAGACAGCAUCUUCAUUCCCGGCGACGCCAGGGUGGACCAGCACUUCCAAGAUGCCCAUCGAGCGGGGCGAGCGGGCAUCAAUUGCCUGAAAGUGUACAAGAACUGCCCCAUGGGAGAUGGUUUUCUCGACCAAUUCGUAUUCAGCUAA